GUUUCGCGGAACGAGAUUUUUUGCUCAUUUCUUUGCUCCGCUCGUUCGGAAAUCAGCUGAAAACGCGUUUGUCGAAAAUCGUUGUUCUCAUUUUCCUGUGCGUGCGCGUUCUGUUUUACCGGCUUUUCCUGUGUGCUUUGCGGAACCAAAAUUUGCGGAAAGCAAUUCAUCAUCUGACUUGACUGCCGACUCCCGUUUUUAAAAAGUAUUAACUCAUCCCGAUCAUCAGAAACAUGCCUGUCCCGGAGCUCCAGAAGCCAGCGCCCGCCUUCAGCGGUACCGCCGUCGUCGACGGGCAGUUCAAGGAGAUCAGUCUGGCGGACUACCGCGGCAAGUACCUGGUGCUGUUCUUCUAUCCGCUCGAUUUCACCUUCGUCUGCCCGACGGAAAUCGUCGCCUACUCCGAUCGUGUGGAAGAGUUCCGCGCGAAGGGUUGCGAGGUCGUCGCCUGCUCGACCGACAGCCACUUUGCGCAUCUCGCGUGGAUCAACACACCGCGCAAGCAGGGAGGUCUGGGCGAGCUGAAGAUCCCGCUGCUGGCGGACAAGUCGAUGAAGAUUGCCCGUGAUUAUGGUGUGCUGCAGGAGGAAUCGGGUGUCCCGUUCCGCGGACUGUUCAUCAUCGACGGGAAGGGCAAUUUGCGCCAGGUGACGGUAAACGAUCUGCCGGUCGGCCGCAGCGUUGAUGAGACGCUCCGGUUGGUGGAAGCAUUCCGCUACACCGACGAGUUUGGCGAAGUGUGCCCCGCCAAUUGGAAGCCGGGCAGCAAAACGAUGGUUGCUGAUCCGCAGAAGUCGAAAGACUAUUUCAACUCUGUGAACUAAAUCGCCGGAAUCGGAAAAACUGCUACCAACGCGUCACGCGUGAUCACCAUGAUGUCCACUUUUUCGUGCACUCUUCUGCAAAUCUCAUCAGUAGUAUGUGUGAUUUUUCCCAUUUACACCUAUCGAACCUUCCCGAUCAUCGAUCAUUCACACACCAAUGUCACAUUUUUACAAACUUCCGCCCGUACUUCACGCUGCUCUCGCAUUUCCGGAUGACCGGGUAGAACCUGGAACCUGGUAGAAAUGUAACAUUAAGAGGCUCACGAAUAGCAGACGGGGUUGGUUGAUAUGAUCAACCACCUGGAACGCCAAAAAGAAACAACAAGAGGGAGAAUUAAUUGGGAUUCGCUCAACUCAAGCACAGUCGAGAAUUGCAUUCUCGCUGUGGGACACACAAAGAAAAACCCAAAAUGCCGGAACGAUGCUAUGCUGUGGAAGAUGGAGUGUGAAAAUGAAACCCCCUAAGAAGAACUGGAAAGGCAGAAGGAGCGUGCCGCACUGUUGAGAACAAUAAAAUGGAAAUGCAGUAUUGAGUUUUUGUACAAGG